CUCCCGUCGCUCUUCGUGCACGAUUCUUUUGGCCAUCGCCAAGCUGUCUCACUUAAGGUUCGCAUCAUCUCCGGUUAGGAGAACAACAGCUGUUUACCAGCACCUACUCCCCACUUCCGUCCGCUCCUUACACGCUACAUCUAGCAACAUGACUGAAUACAAGCCCCGCGUUGUCGGUGCUCCCAACACCCUCGAGCACCGGGUGUACAUUGAGGACAGCACCGGCAAGGUGGUCUCUCCCUUCCACGACAUUCCGUUGUACGCCAAUGCCGAGAAGACAAUCUACAACAUGGUUGUCGAAAUUCCUCGCUGGACGAACGCCAAGUUGGAAAUCUCCAAGGAUGAAGCUUUCAACCCCAUCAAGCAGGAUGUGAAGAAGGGCAAGCUCCGCUACGUGCGCAACUGUUUCCCCCACCACGGUUAUAUCUGGAACUAUGGUGCAUUCCCCCAAACUUGGGAAGACCCCACGUCGGUUCAUCCCGACACGAAGGCCAAGGGUGACAAUGAUCCGCUUGAUGUAUGCGAAAUUGGCGAGACAGUUGGCUACACUGGCCAGGUCAAGCAGGUCAAGGUGCUGGGCACAAUGGCCCUUCUUGAUGAGGGUGAAACUGACUGGAAGGUCAUUGUCAUCGAUGUGAACGACCCGCUUGCUCCCAAGCUUAACGACAUUGAGGAUGUUGAGAAGCUCCUGCCUGGUCUUCUUCGGGCUACCAAUGAAUGGUUCCGCAUCUACAAGAUCCCGGAUGGCAAGCCCGAGAACAACUUUGCAUUCAGCGGUGAGGCCAAGAAUAAGAAGUAUGCCACCGAAGUCAUAAACGAGACCCACGAGGCAUGGCACCGCCUCAUCACCAAGGCCGUCCCUAACAAAGGAGAGAGCUAUGACGUGACCACUGUGAACACGACGGUUGCCGAUAGCCCAUACAAGGUUGGUACUGACUCGGCAGAAUACAAAAGUGUGCCUGCAAGCGCCCCCAAACCUCCGGGACCAAUUGACCCCUCAAUUGACAAGUGGUUUUUCAUUUCGGGCCAGCCGAAUUUGUAAAUCUGAUCUGCUGCUGAUUGUAGCUCAUUAAUACAUUACCUAUCUACAUAGUUCCAGUACAGUUGUCUAAUUGGGUAUUGAACAGUAAACUGGUUUGCACACCCGCAGGUAUCGCA